AUGAAUUCGCACCUAUUCUUCUGGAUUUUCUUGGUUGUUUUCGCGGUCUUUUCGACGAAACAAAUUGAAUCAAAUGUAUUGACACGAGUGAAACGCCAAUGGGGAUUCGGAUAUCCACUAUUCGGAGGAAUCGGAAAUUCGUGGGAGGUGCCGAGUAAUCUACCAACUUAUUGGGGUCAUAAUGCAUAUGCUGGACGAUAG